AUGGCAUCUAUCACCACCAAAGAUGAAGCCUCUUCAUCUUCUUCAUCUUCCAUCCUAACAUCAAAAUGGACUAACCAUGUUUUCUUGAGUUUUAGAGGCGAAGACACUCGCCAAGAUUUCACUGGCCAUCUUUUUGCUUCAUUGGAAAUAAGAGGGAUCAAAACAUUCAAGGAUGAUCAUGAUCUUAACAGAGGUGAAGUGAUAUCAGUAGAACUCAAUAAAGCCAUUGAAGAAUCUAUGUUUGCUAUCAUCAUUCUCUCACCAAACUAUGCUUCCUCAACAUGGUGUUUGGAUGAGCUGCAAAAGAUUGUUGAAUGCAGCAAAAAUUUUGGUCAAGCUGUUUUUCCAAUCUUCUACGGUGUUGAACCGUCUGAUGUCAGGCAUCAGAGAGGAAGCUUUCAUGAAGCUUUUAGAAAACAUGAAGAAAAAUUCAGAAAAGAUAGAAACAAAAUUAAAAGGUGGAGAGAUGCUUUAAGAGAAGUUGCUAGUUACUCUGGUUGGGACUCCAAGGGCUGGAAUGAGGCAUCAUUGGUGGAAACAAUUGCUGAACAUAUUCAUAAAAAACUGAUUCCCAAGUUGCCUGUUUGCAAAGAUAACCUUGUUGGAAUUGAUUCACGGAUAGAGGAAAUCUAUUCGCUUCUAGGAAUGGGAUUAAGCGAUGUUCGCUUCAUCGGCAUAUGGGGAAUGGGUGGCAUAGGGAAGACAACUAUUGCUAGAUCAGUAUAUGACGCGAUCAAAGGCGAAUUCAAGGUUAGUUGCUUUCUUGCAGACAUUCGAGAAACAAUUUCUAAGACAAAUGGGUUAGUUAUCAUCCAAAGUGAACUUCUUUCUCAUCUUAAGAUAAGAAGUAAUGAUUUUUAUAACGUUUAUGAUGGCAAAAAGAUAUUAGCCAACUCAUUCAACAAUAAAAAGGUUCUUCUUGUUCUUGAUGAUGUGAGUGAAUUAAGCCAAUUGGAGAAUUUAGCUGGGAAGCAAGAAUGGUUUGGUCCGGGUAGUAGAGUAAUCAUCACAAGUAGAGAUAAACACUUGUUAACGACACAUGGAGUGCAUGAAACUUAUAAGGCUAAAGGCUUAGUGAAAAAUGAAGCACUUAAGCUCUUUUGUUUGAAAGCCUUUAAACAAAAUCAACCUAAAGAAGAGUAUUUGAGUUUGUGUACAGAAGUGGUUAAAUAUGCAAGAGGUCUUCCAUUAGCACUUGAGGUAUUGGGUUCACAUUUUCAUGGAAGAACUCUUGAGGUUUGGCAUAGUGCUUUAGAACAAAUGAGAAAUGUUCCCCACUCCAAAAUACACGAUACACUGAAAAUAAGCUACGACGGCUUACAAACCAUGGAGAAAGAUAUGUUUCUCGAUAUUGCUUGUUUCUUCAAAGGAAUGUACAUAGAUGAAGUGAUAGAAAUAUUAGAAGAUUGUGGUUAUUAUCCCGGAAUUGGAAUCGACAUUUUGAUUGAAAGAUCUUUGGUAAGUUUCGAUAGGGGAGACAAAAAGUUGUGGAUGCAUGAUUUGCUUGAAGAAAUGGGAAAAAACAUCGUGUGUCAAGAAUCUCCUAAUGAUCCUGGAAAACGUAGUAGGUUAUGGUCUCAAAAAGACGUUGAUCAAGUAUUGACAAGAAACAAGGGAACUGAUAAAAUUCAAGGCAUAGCUAUGAACUUAGUUGAACCAUAUGAAGCAAGGUGGAACAUUGAAGCUUUUUCCAAACUAAGUCAGCUAAGAUUACUCAAAUUAUGUGAAAUAAAACUUUCCGAUGGCCUCAAUUGCUUCCCUAGUUCACUAAAAGUUCUUGAUUGGAGAGGAUGUCCUUUGAAAACCCUGCCACUAACUAACAAUUUGGAUGAAAUUGUUAACCUCAAAUUGUAUCAUAGCAAAAUAGAACAACUUUGGCAUGGAACACAGUUUCUUGAAAAUCUGAAGUCCAUCAAUUUGAGCUUUUCGAAGUCUCUAAAACGAUCGCCCGACUUUGUUGGUGUUCCAAAUCUUGAAUCGUUGGUCCUUGAAGGUUGUACAAGCUUAACUGAGAUUCAUCCCUCCCUUCUAAGCCACAAGAAACUUAUUCUACUGAAUUUGAAAGAUUGCAAAAGGCUCAAAGCUCUUCCAUGCAAAAUAGAGAUGAGUUCCUUGAAGGGUUUAAGUCUUUCCGGUUGCUGUGAAUUCAAACAUCUUCCAGAGUUUGAUGAAAGCAUGGAUAAUCUAUUAAAGCUUUGCUUAGAAGAGACCGCGAUAAAAAAACUACCAUCUUCACUUGGAUUUCUUGUAUCCCUUGUUAUCUUGGAUUUAGAAAACUGCAAGAAUCUUACUUCUCUUCCAGAUACAAUAAGUGAAUUGAAGUCCCUCUUGAUUCUGAAUGUUUCUGGCUGCUCAAGACUCCGUAGUUUUCCAGAAGGUUUAAAGGAAAUCAAAUCUUUGGAGGAACUUUUAGCAAACGAAACUGCCGUUGAAGAACUGCCUUCAUCUGUUUUUUAUCUAGAAAACCUCAAAGUUAUAUCAUUUUCCGGAUGCAAAGGACCCGUUUCUAAGUCAGUGAAUACAUUCCUUCUACCAUUUACCGAGCUGUUAAGUAGUCCACAAGAACCUACUGGAUUUCGGUUACCACCUAAGUUGUGUCUACCUUCGUUGAGGAAUUUAAACUUAAGUUACUGCAAUCUAUCUGAAGAAUCAAUGCCAAAAGAUUUUUCCAACUUAUCUUCCUUGGUUGUUUUAGAUCUCACUGGAAACAAUUUUGUUAGGCCACCAAGUAGCAUUUCGAAACUUCCAAAGCUUGAAUAUCUUAAGUUAAACUGUUGCAAAAUGCUUCAGAAGUUUCCAGAAUUUCCGUCAAGUAUGAGGUUAUUAGAUGCAAGUAUGUGUGCUUCAUUGGAAACUUCCAAAUUCAAUCUAUCUAUGCCAUGCAGUCUCUUUGCAUCGAUGAUACAGCUAAACUCGCAUUUGCCUAUAUUACUGAAGAAAUUUUUGGAGGCACAUCAACACGGUCUACCGAAAGCGAGAUUCGACAUGCUUAUCACAGGGUAUGAAAUUCCAUCAUGGUUCACACCUUCAAAAUAUGUCAGUGUUACAAACAUGUCAGUCCCUCAUAAUUGUCCUCCAACCGAAUGGGUGGGAUUGGCAUUGUGUUUCAUGUUGGUAAGUUUUGAUGAUGAACCAGAGAUAUGUAAUCAUGAAGUGAGUUGUUACUUGUUUGGACCGAACGGUAAGCUGUUUAUCCAAUCCAGGGAUUUGCCUCCAAUGGAACCAUAUGUCCGUCACCUUUAUAUUCUCUAUCUUACCAUCGAUGAAUGCCGCGAUAGAUUCUAUGAAGGUGGUGACUGCAGUGAAAUCGAAUUUGUCUUGAAAACUUAUUGUUGCGAUUCUUUGCAAGUAGUGAGGUGUGGUUGUCGCAUUGUAAGUAAGCAAGAUGUUGAAGAUAUGUACAAUAACCAUUACUAG